AUUUUUUUAUCUGUAGCCUUUUGGCUGCCAUUUGCUGUGUUCUGUCAGUCAUUCUUGAUGUUAUUGAAUAAAGAUUUGAGUUUUAUUUAUUUAAAGCCACAAACUGUAACACCGUUAUUUAAGAUAAACUUGUGAAUGUUUUUUCAUUAAUUCAGUUUAUUCCAUUUUUAAGAAAAAGAUGUGCCGGGUAUUUAACAAGUUAUCGUUAUGAAGCAGAGGGACCAAACUUACUUUUGCACAUUAAAUAGCAAUACAAUUGUUGAUAUCAUUUAGUUGUAAAAUGAACACAGUAUGUCUUAUUUGAGCGCUUCGGAAAAUGUGGGCUUCAGUGGUAUUCCACAAAAUAUAUCAGAGGCGAGCUGUGCCACACAGUAUAAAAUGGCAGUCGAGGGGGUGUCCUCCGGGAGCUGUGGUGAAGUGAACAUGUUCCUGCAUGACAACUCAGGGGACGAGCAGCCUUACAUACAUCUCAAUGACAAUUUCUACUCCAAAUUUAAAAUUGAUCCCAACGAAUUAUACACAUUUCAUGACUCUGAUGUCAUCGCUGGAGAAAUUACUGUUAGUCACACAGAAGAUAAUUUUAUCUUCUCUGAUAAUGUUGAUAUUAAGAGUAAGCUUCUAGCAGAAAGUCCGAGUAAAGAGCUUGAUCUCAUUGGUGCAUUCACAAAUGGCGAUAUCAAGGAUGAUAUCAAGAAGGAGGUGGUAUCUAAUGGACAUUACCCACCAGUCCAUUCGGUGGCCAAGCCCACUGCAAACUAUAAAGAAAGUAAGACUACUCAUACCAAAGUUUUGAAAGUAAAAAAUCAAACUCAGGUGAAGGAGCCUGCAAGAUCAGAAUCGUUUAGUGAAGCUCGAAGACUAAGUGUUCAUAGCCCUAAGGCGCAAAGCACUGCCACCGCCCCCUCCCAAUUUACGAAAAACAGUAUUAAUAGUGCUAGUACUACAAGUAAUGCCAAGUCUUCAUCAAAACAAUCAGGUGGGAUGGAGACGUUUUUAGAUGUGUUUAAGAGAGAGCAAGGCUUAGUUGAAAAUGCAUCUGUACUUGUCAAAACUGAACCGUCAGCCGUGCCCGCUAAAGUUCCAAUGUCUCCUCCGAAAAAAGCUUCAUCUGGCAAGACUUCCCAGUCGAAGCCCCGCCGCGGUCGCGGGCCUGCGGUCCACGAGGCGUUGCAGCGGAUACCGGCGGUGCGGAAGGCCAUACCGCUGCCGAAUGACGCGUGGCACGCUCCAGGAGACGCUCUCUUCCAGUGCGGUCCGUUGGGCGAGAGACCACUCGCCUUCAGGCAGAUUGAAAGCAGCAGCAGCGAUGAUGAUAACAUGCCUGAUUUUGCAGAAGCAGGUUGCGUCUCAGCGUGCGUAGAAGAAAGCGCGGCCGAAUCCCGCGGCGCUCGGCUGGCGUUACGUCGCGCGGCACUACGACGCCACGUGGCACGGGCGCACGACGCGCUGGCCCUCGCCGCGCACCACCGCAACCAUCGCGCGCUCGCCUCGCUACUCAAGAAACAGCUGAACAGACCCGGGUCAUCAGGUAGUCUUCCAACGCAGACGGUGAAUCAUCUGCUCGCGCUACGUGGCAUGCCCUCAGUGUUAACGUCUCAAGAACGAAGGAAACUAAGGGAGACGGGCUGGUCAGGCGGCGAAAGCGGCACUCGAGAAGGCACAACCGAAUGCGGCGCGGAUCGCUGCGACCGACCCUCACUGGCCGGCGCUCGCUACUGCCUGUCGCACGUGACGCGGGCGCCGGACCAGCGCCUGUACGCCGCCUGCGCCGCCGUGUUCGCGGGCGGAGCAAGGUGCAACCAGCCGCUGCUGCCGCUGCACGACCUCACGCCGCUCUGCGCCGAGCACGCGUGGAAGAGGGAUAACUACGACAAGCUGUCCCGCGACUGCCGGCCGAAGAAGGUGGUGCGCAAGCGCGCCUGUCCCGCCGCGCCCCGCGCCCCGCGCCGUGCCAAGCGCCGCCGCCGCGUGCCCGCGCGGCUACGCGGAGCCGCCGACACGCCGCCUGCGGAACAAUCUUUAUCUGAACUGAACGUGUGUUCGAACUCGUCGACAUACGACAGUUCGGAGGAGGCGGCGAUGGGUGCACUCAGCGAGACCGAGUACGUCACUGUAGCCAGCGACUCGCAUGAGAUGGAAGUGGAAGUUGGACAUGUACCACCGGAUGACAUAUUGGAUCCAGCUGUGCUCAGUCAAAUACCCGAUGAAGCGUUCACGGAGUUUUUCAAUCAAGCUGAAGGUGGCACAGCAUUCGCGGAAAGUUCGGAGUUAGCGGCGGCGCUAGAAGCGGUGUUGGACGAGAGAGUGCUGGACGAGCGAGUGCUGGACGAGCGAGCGCUGGACUCCAUCGCCGACUGUGUGUUCCACUCGCCUCACGCGCAUUAUGCUAAGAACAAGAUGCAGGUAUCGACGUCGAUGCCUAUGGAGAUAACAUCGCGCGUGCCCUCAUAACACAGUAAUUUUACACAUCUUACUUUAAGCUAUAAUAAACUCGUAUGUACUAUAAACCUUAGGAACAAAUUCGAUAUUCAUAGUCUCAAGAGGUGGAAAUAUUUUUCUUCAUGCUUUAAUUUUUGUAUGUGUGCGUGUGUAGCGAAGAUGUUUGUGUGGGUUGUGAUUCGGAUUGAUGUAUGCAGUUUUGUGGGGUACCAACCUUUUAAUCAAUGUGGCUAAGGAACUCUUAAAUAGGUACUAGUGCGGCGCCCGCAAACCGUUCGCUCACGUUAUUAAAAGACAAUAAAUGUUGGACGUGCGGUGACCGCAUGCGGGCGGGAGAAACAACAGUAGAGAUCUUUGAUGACUAUAUCUUCUAGAAUGGUAAUUCUUGUCGGUUUUCUAAGAGUAUCGAAAAUUCGAUAACUUAUUCCAACAUCGAUAUUGGCCAUGCAAUUGAUUCUAAGGUAUUCAAUCGGCGUAAUUAACAAACGCAGAACAAUUAUGUGUUCAAACAAAUGGCUAGUUUAAUGUUUCACAUUACUGCAUUAACAGACUUAAAUAAUUAAAAAUUU